GGUACACGCGUGUACCCGUAGGCGGGGGUAGCGGGGGGCCCCACUCCACUCUGCGCCGCGAACUUCCCCUCGCGUAGAGGGAAAGUUUCUGGCGGCAGAGGCAGCGGGUUCGACCCCGGCGGGGCACAGCCGGCAGCAGCCUCCGCUCGUCGCUCGGCCGGGAGGAAGCCUGGGAGAGCCCGGCGUCCUCGGGCAGAGAGAGAGGCGCUGCUGCACGGAUGAAGAUGGUCAGUGUCAUGCUGUUUGUGCUCUGGCUGUGGAUGGUCACCCUUGGCAGCAGUUCUGAACGCUGUGAUGACUGGGGUGUGGACACCAUGAAGCAGAUCCAGAUUUAUGAAGGGGAACCUGCCAAGAUCAAAUGCCCACUUUUUGAGACCUUCUUAAAGUACAACUACAGCACAGCCCAUUCUGCAGGCUUAACCCUGAUCUGGUACAGGACUGCACAGGACCGGGAUCUGGAGGAGCCCAUUAAUUUUCGUCUCCCAGACAAUCAUAUCAGUAAGGAGAAAGACACCCUUUGGUUCUGGCCUGCUCUUCUCAAUGACACUGGGAAUUAUACAUGCAUGCUCAGAAAUACAACCUACUGCAGCAAAGUUGCAUUUCCCUUGGAGGUUGUUCCGAAAGACCAACACUCUUGUGUGAGCCAUUCGAUAAAACCCAUUGAGGAGAUGUUCUACUUGGAGCAUACCAGUGAGAUCAUAUGUCCAGACAUCGAUGGGUUUUACCCUCCUAGUGUAACACCAACUGUCAAGUGGUACUUGAACUGCAACUUGGUGGAUGGCUUCUGUGAGCGACACCCUCAAGGGCCCAGGCUUGUCAUUGGCAUUGUCCGCAGUGCGUACAGAGGGAAUUACACUUGUAUCGUGACAUUCAAGGACCACGGAAGAACCUAUAAUCUCACCAGAACCAUAAACAUGAAGGUGGUGGGAUCUCCAAACAAGGCUUUGCCACCACAAUUCAUCUCUCCAAAUGAGAAAGUUGUCUACGAACUGGAAGCAGGAGAUGACCUUGUUCUGUCCUGUGAGGUCUUCUUCACCUUCCUGAAGGAAUCCCGGACUGAGGUGUGGUGGACCAUAGAUGGGAAAAACACAGGUGACAUCACAGACCCGAAGAUAAAAGUCACACAAAGUGAAAUUACUAGAGAUUUUGAAGACAAAACUAUCAUAAGGACUCUAACAGUUGCAAAAACCACACCAGAGGACUUGAAACGGAAUUAUACUUGUUAUGCCAGAAACGCCAAAGGCGAGGACCGUAGCCAGGCCAUAGUGCGCAUGAAAGCUGUAGCACCGAAGUACACCGUGGAGCUGGCCUGUGGACUGGGAGCAACCAUCCUGCUCAUUGUGGUACUUAUAGUCAUCUAUCAUGUUUAUUGGCUUGAAAUGGUCCUCUUCUAUCGGGCUCAUUUUGGAACAGAUGAAACCAUUCUAGACGGGAAGGAGUAUGAUGUGUACGUGUCCUACGCACGCAAUGCGGAGGAGGAGGAAUUUGUGCUGCUGACACUGCGGGGAGUCUUGGAGAAUGAGUUUGGGUACAAGCUGUGUAUCUUUGACAGAGACAGCCUCCCCGGGGGAAAUACUACUGAAGCUGUGUUUGACUUCAUCCAGAGGAGCCGAAGGAUGAUCGUGGUCCUGAGUCCUGAUUACUUGACAGAGAAGAGCAUCAGCCUUUUGGAGUUUAAGCUGGGCAUCAUGUGCCAGAAUGCCAUCGCCACCAAGCUUAUCGUGGUGGAGUACAGGCCACUGCAGUGCACCCACCCCAGUAUCCUCCAGCUGAAGGAGUCCGUCUCCUUUGUCACCUGGAAGGGAGAGAAGUCCAAGCGAUCCGGCUCCCAGUUCUGGAAGGCAUUACGGCUUGCCCUUCCUCUGCGCAGCCUGAAUGCUGACACCGGCUGGAAUGAGAGCUGCUCCUCCCAGUCAGACAUCAGCCUGGACCCCAUCCAGAGGAAAAGGAGCCGGUUGAAAGGGCAGUCUAACCCACGGGGUGCCACAGCAGUGACUCUUGCUCCCGGAGGGACAGCCACAGCCCCCAAGUCAAAGGCCAGACAUGGAGCAAAGCACUUCUUGACGUGCCGGUGUUGUGGGACCUAUUGCAAUGGUGGCAGCAGACUCAAGCGCAAGCAUCGGGCUGUGGCUGAGCACAGGUGGGACACUCAACUCUGCAAGUCGGGCUCAGGCAGACCCACAGCACAGGGGGUUCAGGGCAGAAGUCGACCUGACCCCCCAUCAGCACAGGCUCCUGGUCUUGCCCUGUGCCAUUACAGUGACCUGUCAAACAACAAUGACUUCUACGUACUUUAGCCAAGUGGCUGAUGGCACCGCAGGUUCUGGGCAGCAAAAGGAACUCACUGCAGCCUCAGCUAAGAUAAUUUUAGGGCAUGGUGUUGUUCACCAUCGGUCCCAUGUCAGCACGAGGACUGCAGCAAUAUCAUCAGUGCUGGUGAUCUGAGCCAGGGACCUGCAGCCACACAGAGCAGUGGCUGGGGGGUGCCUGCCCAGGUCCCUCUCCUUUAUUUAAAUUGUAAAGUGAAGCUGAAAAUGUGUUUCUCUGGCAUUGCUUUUCCCAGAUGUGGUUAUGUUUGCCUCAGGACUGCUGCUGGGGUCACUUGUGGGAGGGCAGGUCCCCAGAUCAGGGGUCAGAAGGGAGGAGGUGGAAGAAGCUGUGCUCCUGGAAGUAAUCUCUGGAGAAGGGAGUGCAAGCCUGCAUUUUGCAAAGGAUAAAACUGUGCUAAUGAAGGCAGGAGUGCACUGUGCAAUAUGGUGUGUUAUCCAGUGUGUUUUAAAACAACUUGGUCAAAAGUUUAAAGACAAGUCCCUUCUCUCUAAAUAAAACUGAUUUCUUUAA